CUUUUUUAAUUUAAUUAUACAAAUGCGUCUCACCCUUCUUGCUUCUUUGGCUGCCAUUGCCACUGCUGUUUCUGCUGUUCCUGUUGAAAAGAGAGCUGUCAAGGCCAAGGUUUACACUACCUGUUCCGUUCCUGGCACUAUUGCUUUGACCUUUGACGAUGGACCUUACGAAUACACUUGGGCAUUGGCUGAUACGCUUAAAUCUAAAGGUGUUACCGCCACCUUCUUCAUGAACGGUAACAACUGGGUUGAUGUUGAACGUCAAAGCGUAAAGACUCCCGCUGGUACAAAGACUUACAAGCAAGUUAUCAAGCAUGUCUAUGACAAGGGCCACCAAAUUGGCAGCCACACUUUUAGCCACAAGGAACUUGCUGGCCUAAGUGCUUCUCAGGUCAAGUCUGAAAUGACCAAGCUUGAAAAGAUUUUCAAGUCUGUCAUUGGUAAGACUCCUGUCUACAUGCGUCCUCCUUCCGGUGCUUAUGAUGACAACACACUCGCUACUCUUGGUCAACUUGGAUACAAGGUUAUCCUCUGGGAUAUUGAUUCCAAUGACUGGAGAUACAAGGAUAUUGCCAGCCUUGCUAGCGAACAACAAGAAUACAAGAGCGUCAUUGAAGCUGAUAACAAGAAGAAGCCUCAUGGUCAUAUUGCUCUUCAACAUGAUGUUCACAAGAAGACUGUUGACAAGCUUGUUCCUUGGGUUAUCUCUUACAUCAAGAGCAAGAAGAACUACAAGUUUGUCACUGUUGCUGAAUGUCUUGGUAACACCAAGAACAGCGCUUACAAGAGUAAAUAAAUGCACUCAUGUAUCAUUACUCAUUAGA